AUGUCAGAUAAAACAUAUGACUUAGUUAUCAUUGGUGCUGGACCUGGAGGUUAUGUUGCUGCUAUUAGAGCAGCCCAGCUUGGACUACGAGUUGCCUGCAUUGAAAAAGAAAAAAAUCUUGGUGGUACUUGUUUGCGUGUUGGGUGUAUCCCUUCAAAAGCAUUAUUAGAUUCAAGUGAACUCUAUGCCCAAGCUAAACAAAAAUUUAGUACCCAUGGCAUUGUUGUCGAUAACAUCUCUUUAGAUCUCAAAAAAAUGCUAAAACGCAAAGAGAAAGUGGUAAAAACUUUAACCGGAGGCGUAGCCAGUUUACUCAAAAAAAAUAAAGUUGAACGAUUGCAGGGAACAGCAAAAAUCAUUUCUCCUAAUUGUGUUGAGGUACUCAAUGAUACUUCCAGUCGUUUAAACACUACUUCUAUUUUGGUUGCUUCAGGUUCUGUACCAGCAGAGCUUCCUUUUCUACCUUUUGAUGGAGAACGAAUAGUUUGUUCUACGGAAGCCCUUUCUUUUUCAACAGUUCCUUCACGCCUAAUUGUUAUUGGAGCAGGUCCUAUUGGUCUUGAAUUAGGCUCUGUAUGGUCACGCCUUGGUAGCCAAGUACUUGUCGUUGAAGCAAUGGAGCGCAUUGUUGCUGGUGCUGAUGUUGAACUCUCUACUCAACUGCAGAAAGUUUUAGAAAAACAAGGGAUUGAAUUUAAGCUUGGUGCUAGCGUAAAAGCGGCAACAGUAGGUGAUAAAGAUGUUUCUAUCGAAAUUGCAUUAGCAUCAGGUGAAACAGUAACCGAAACAGCAGAUCGGAUUCUUGUUGCAGUCGGGCGUAAACCUUAUACCGAUGGUUUGGGGCUAGAAGAUAUUGGUGUUAUCUGUGACGAGCGUGGAUGUAUUAACGUCAACGAUCAGUUUCAGACAACAGUUCCAGGUAUUUAUGCGAUAGGUGAUGUUGUUUCUGGUCCAAUGCUAGCUCAUAAAGCAGAAGAGGAAGGCCUGGCUUGUGCCGAGAUAAUUGCUGGCCAAGUCAGCCAAGUCAAUUAUCAGGCUAUACCCUCUGUCGUUUAUACCUGGCCAGAGCUUGCUAGUGUAGGCUUAACCGAAGAGCAGGCGUUAGAAGACUAUGAGGAGAUUGCUAGUGGUCGUUUUCCUUUUAUGGCGAACGGGCGUGCCCGGGCUGCAGAUGAUUGCGAUGGCCUUGUCAAAAUCAUAACCGACAAAAAAACUGAUCGGAUUAUAGGAGUACAUAUUUUAGGAGCACGAGCCUCUGACCUCAUUGCUGAAGCAACAAUCGUAAUGGAGUUUGGUGGUAGCGCAGAAGAUAUUGCGCGUACGUGCCAUGCUCAUCCCACAUUUUCAGAAACAAUCAAAGAAGCAGCAUUAGAUGUUGCUGGCCGUGUAAUUCAUAAGUAA